CCCCCCCCCCCGAACGUGACAGAGGGGGACAGAGUCAGGCAUCAACUCAUUUCUCCUCGCCCUAUCCUUGUUCAUCUUUAGAGGGGGAGAGUAAACAAAAGACAGUCUUUAAUUCAACCUUACCCCUUGGUCUUCAAAGUGGCAAAGGUUGGCAAGAGAAUUGUGUGACUUUGCAUCAUUUCCACCCUUCCCUAUUCAGAGUUAGAAAAGGAAGAGGACUAAAGGCUUCACCUCAUCUCUCCCCCCCCCCCCCCCCCCCCGGAAAGACAAGGAGCAUCCCAGCCUUCUGGUAUCUUGCUCAAGACGUCUCUGGGGUGUUGGCAUCAUUUGAAGUUGGCGGAGGUGUGAUCUUUCCCUCACUCGUCACACUAAUCAUCUGCAUUGUAAGGAUACUCAAAUUCUCAUCUGCCGAGCCUGGAGGAGACUGGCUGCAACAGAGAGCGUGGGUGUGUGCAUGUGAUUUGUGUUCUCGGUUUUGAGGAGGUCUCGAGAGUCCUGGAGGAUACAAUUUCCUGGAACAGGGAAUCGUACAUUUUCUUUUUUGAAGAAGUCUUGUCUUCCCUGCCUUCUAUUUAAAUUAAUUCCUUCACAGGAACUUUUAUUCCAGGUCCUGUUAUUUUGCAACUUGAGUUCUUUAUCGCAAUAAGUCUUAAAGCUGGAUUGCACUCUCUGCUAAGACUUUGGCCUAAGUUAAUAGACAGGUGGGGGGGAUAGUAAUACAGCCCCCACCUCUAUUUUUUUGAAUAUUUAUAUCAGGAGCAGUAUUUUAGAGAAACUUUUUUUUAAAGAAGAAAUUCUUUUGUUACCAAAUAAAGCUACCCAUAACCAUGGAUGGGACACAGAGAUUGGGUAGAAACCGGCGCAGCAGGCGGUCAAGGUCACAGAGGGACCGGGAGAGGAAGCUGGCCGGUGUUGCCGGCAGGGACCCCAGGCCCUACACCCCAUCCUCCGGCUCGGACCAGGAGCGAGCCGAGGGCCCCUGCUCGUCCCGGCCCCGGCCUCCCAGACGUCGGAGGAGGGAGUCGACUUCCUGCGAAGAGGACAUCAUCGACGGGUUUGCCAUCACAAGCUUUGUCUCGCUGGAGACCUUAGAGAGAGAGGCUGUGCUAAAGCCACCCGAGAGGACAGAAGCACAGCAGAAGAGGCCGGAAAAGCGAAGACCUGAGGAGCAGGGGAGCAGCUCUCCAGGCGAGGGUCCACGGAGGAAUGAGUGCCCGGACUCUGAGCAAAUGAGGCAAAACGGGGAGCAAGAUGGCAGGAGGGCACCGCCCGCCAAAAAGGUGAAGACAAAAGUGCAGAGUCGAGGCAAUGAGAGCACCGGGGGCGAGAACGGGAGCUCGUAUCGCAGUAGCUCACGGGGGCCGGGUAGUGAUGAAUCUGUGCACUCCAGUUUGGGAACAGGAUACUUUUGUGACAUCGACAGUGACCCAGACGAUAAGUCCAUCAGCGAAGAUCCAGUGCAAUGCCCAAAGCGGGAAGCCCCCUCUGCCUCACCACACAGCCUCUCAACCAGGUGGAAAAGCACUUUGUUCGGGGCCAGUGACGAAGGUCUAUCAAAGUUAUUCAGCACGGCCUCCAAAAUAGCCCCUAGUGUGAGGGGCAGUGCAGACCCCCGACCGGAGACCCAGGUGUCGGGCCUGGAGCGCAGUCAGGAGAGGAACCAGGAAUCGGAGCAGGCCGUCCUGCCAGCUGGCCCCCCCAAUCCCCAUCCCCAGCCUCCGCCCCCACCCCAGCUCCAGCCCCCAACCCCUCCACAGUCUGCGGCCCAGCCCGGACACGACCCGUCUCCCCCAAAGCUUUCCCAGGGGCAGGGGCAGUCGCAGCCCGUGCCCCCACCUGCUCAGCCUGGCCCCCAGGCUCGUCUGCAGCCCUUCACACAGAACUACAGCGGGGGGAGCCGGAGCAGCACGCCCUCCAAGCCACUGGCUCCCUCUUCCCAGGUGCCACACCGAGCCUCAACUCCCUCUUCGCUGGGACUGAGCAGCCACCCCAGUACCCACGUCUUUGCCUCUGGCCUACGGACCCCUGCACAUCCCCACCACCCUGCGGUGUUUGCCCCUUCUCCUGGCCUUCCACCGCCACCUCCCCUCAACUCCACCAUGCUCCAGGUGGCUGGGCACCCCUCACCAGCUGCUGCUGCUACUUUUUCAGAGCAAGAACUGAUUCGCCAGGAGUUGAACUCGCGUUAUCUGAGCUCGCAGGGUCCGGAGCGGGGGUCCUCCCUCGGCCCUCCCUCCUUCCAGUUCCACCAGCACCAGCACAGCCACCAGCACACCCACCAGCACACCCACCAGCACUUCGCUCCAUAUCCUCCCAUGGCCCAGGCAGGUCUGGUCCCUGCCCCCACUGCACCCAUGUACUUCCAGACGUAUCACACCGCCUGUCCAACUGUCCCUGCCGUCCUGUCCACAGCCGGUCCCUUCAGCUCCCUGCAAGGUGCCUUUCAGCCCAAGAACCCCAGUGCUGAGUUGGCAUCACGACCUGGACCAGUUCCCCACACGCUCUUGCGGAAGGACCCCAGGUUAACAGAAGUGUACCGACCUCCAGUGCGGAAACCGGGUAAGUGGUGCGCCAUGCACGUCCGGAUCGCCUGGAUGAUUCACCGGCACCAGGAGAAGAACAAGGUAGAACACCAGAAGCUGGACCUGGCCAAGGCUGACCUGCUGUCGAGGGGUCCCAGUGUGUUCAGUCCUGUUGCCCCAACGCACGAUCUGGCCCGUCCCAUCACCCUGUUCACUGCCACAGGAGCUGUGCACUCAGCCACCCCACCCUUUGGACCUCCGACUGCACUGAGUCCUUUCCUCAGCACCUCGUCGCCUCUCGAUCCCUACAGCCGCUCCCCCACCUACGGUCCCAUUGGACAAAUCCCCAACGCUGCCUUUGGAGGCCUUGGCAACCCUGCCGUCGCCAGCGCCAUCUUCGCUCCCAAGGAGUGCCCAUCGUCCGCUGCUCCCCCACCCGCCUACAGCAGCUCUCGGGAUCAGUGGAGCCACUUGCACCAGACUCCUCCCGCAUUCCCAACUCCGCCCCCCACAUGGGCACGGCUGGGGGAGGCCGAGAGGGAGAGGGGGCUCAUCUCUGAGAAGGACAAACGCGAGGUCCUGCUGCUCAAGGAGGAACAGGAGAGGGAAGGACCCUACUCCCGGCACCCGUUCCGAACUCCUGUCGAGGAGCGACUCCCCACUCCCCUUGAGCGCCGGGCGCCCCCACUUCCACAGCGGGUGAAGCCGGAGCCGUCCCGGGGAGAUCAGCCCCGUCCGCGGGACAGGCCGGAGACUGGGGGAGUGGGUGGAGGAGUAGGGAAGGAGGAGGUGGAGGGAGGGGGAUGUCCCUUCCCCGGACUGCGGGCUGUGCCUUUGCCACUCAUUGUGUCCCCGGGCUCCCCGGCUGAGCUGAGCCUGCUGCCCCCUCACCUCCUCCGGCUGGGGCAGCCUCACCCUCCUCCGUAUCCCUGGGAUCCCUGGGCCGAGGCAGUACCCCUUCCAGCACGACGCUGCCCCCCUCCACCCACUGAGAGGGAGAGGGAAAGGGAGCCCACUGCCCAGCGUCACUCCCUCCUCCAGGAAGAGUAUGAGCAGAGGGCCCGUCUCCUCGCUGGCGGCUUCCUGCCCACCCCUCCCCACCCCUACCCCCGCCUCAGCCCCUCCCUCCUCCGCCAGAGCACCCUCCUGCCCAAGACUCCUCCUCUCGGAGGUCCACCACCCCUCAUCUCCUCUUCCUCCUCCUCGUCAGCCACCUCCUCCUCUACUCGCGCCCUCUCCCCCCGACAGCGAGGGGCCCCGGCAUCUGACCUACGCGACCUCCCACCCCCCUCCUCCACCUACCCUCACAGGGAACGGGAUGCCAGAUAAUAUCUGGCCUCCCCCCUCCUCCCACCCUCUUGGAAGGAAGUGAGGGGGGAUCAGCCCCCUUCAUUCUGUACCCACGCCCUCUCUCUGCCCCCCCUUCCCAGAUCAUCCAGACAGAGGGGUAGCUCUCAUCCCUUCCCUGGGGGUGGGGGGGUGUUGAAUGGCUCCCUUCUCUCUGUUCCCCCCUCCCACACUGAAAGCAGAAUUAAUAAUGCUGUACAUAUUUAUAUUAUAUAAUCAGUGUGUUACUGUGGUUUUUUGGGGGGUGGGUGGGAAAGCAUCUACAGAAUAUUUUGUACAUUUUUUAAAAAAGAAGAUAAGGUUUUGUUUUGCGUGGGGGAGGAGGGUCAAUGUGAUUUUAACCGAGGCAGAUUUUUAUCCCCGUUUUCUCUCCCCGUUUUCUCUCUCCCCUGCUGCUGGAACUGUAUACGGAUUUUUUUUUUAAAAAAGAGAAAUUAUGCUACCGAACUUAUGUGGGUGACGUUUGAUUGCUGGUGGGUGGAGGGGGUGUGGGGAGGAUCAAGGAGAGUGUUGGGUACAUCACUUCCUUAAUUUCCCCCCAUCUUGUUUGAGGGAGGGGAUGGAGAGUUGGGAGUGAGGGAGGGUGUCAUUAGGUCCGGACUCCAGAGAAUUGUGGAAUAAACAAGAGUGUGAUAAAUCUGUAUCUCUCCCCCUCGUCCCCUGUGAUCCACCCAUCUCCAUCUCCUUUUUCCUGCGCCCCCGUCUCCCUCCUGCUUAUCUUGUAACUUUACCCCCUCAUUCGAGACACCCCCACUGGUGGAGACAUCUCCCCAAUCUCCUCAUCGCUUCUCUGCUUGAGACCUUAAUCACUUCCUGUGACAGCUUUUUCAUCAAACGAGCCUUGGACCCCUGUUAAAUCUCUCUUCCCCCACCUCAAACCUUUACCCUCUAGUUCCAGAUUCCCAGCCCUGGAAAAACGCCUGCGUACAUCCAUCUUGUCUGAGCCUUGCAGCACAGAAGCAUGGUCUGUGCCGAGCUUGUCCGUGCCAAUCGGGAUUCUGUUUGGCCUGUUUCCUAUCCACAUACUGACCAAAUGUCUUUAAAAUGUUGUUAUUAUACCUGCCUCAACCACUUCCUCCGGCUGCUCAUGGCCAUCUUCUGAAGUCGACAGUUUGGUUGUUCACCAAUAUUUCUGUGUUCAGUUGUGUCCACUGUACAGGGGAUUGGCUGACAGAGCUUCACCAGAGUCCUGUUCACUGGUUUCACCCGUUUCCACCUCUCACGACGGGGACGUAGGAUUGGACUUUCAGAGCCUGAGAUGGCCAAAAUGCCUUUAAACCUUUCUUAUCCACAUCGCAGUCCAAAUGCCUUCAUAAAAUGUUGUAAUUAUUAAUGUCACAUUGGAGUAAAUCUUCAACUGCAGGUGAAAAGCGAGAUGUGAUAUGAAAGUGCUUUUUAAGGCACAUGGACACCUUGGCUCAGAAAGAGGUUUAGUUUAAAUUCAGCACCAUGUUUGGCACAGAUAUAAUGGGCCAAAUGGCCCUUCUAUGUCCUCUAUAGUCACUCAGUCAGUCUCCACCUCUCUCGCUUGCCUCCUGACCUCCUCCAACUCUUCAAACAAUUGAGCUUUGGGCUCUGAGCCCUGCAGAUCUAUUCUGCGCCCUUAUGCAAGACCAACCUGCACCCCCAUGGGCUUUUUAUUUUUUGGCAAUAGUUUACUGCCCUUCAAGACUCCAGCAGACAUGGACAUGACUAGUGCUGGUGGGACAGCCUAUCACCACUAUAACCCCUCGCUCACGAAGCCGGGAGAGGGAGGACAGGAAAGGCGGAGAGCCAAGGUUGUCGAUGGCUAAGUCCAACAGAGAGAUGGGGGGUGAGACAGAUGGUGGCCCCACCCCUUACCUCCUUGCUGGGAUCCCUUCCUUGCACCUGAGGAGAGUUUCCUGUCACACCCCUCAGCUGUAUACAGUGGGCAGGUGAGAUGGUGGAUGCUGUGUGCAUGGACUAGCCCCACCUGGUGAAGUGAGCAGUAUUCUGUCACAUACCUGGCCCAUAAGUGGGGGACAGGUACUGUGGUAGAUUUUAUCUGCAUGGACAAAACCGCCCAAACAAGUGGGAAGUGUUUCAUCACACACCUGACCUGUACGUGGUGGUCAGGUAAUAUGGCAGAUGUUGUGUUCAUGGACAUCUAGCUGGAGAACCUUUUGAUCAUCCACCCUUUCCCCUUUAGCCAGGAUGAGCAGGCCUGGGUGGGUGUGGGACAACUACAAUGCUGAGGGAAUAAAGGACGGGUCAGGGUGAAGAGUUAGAGGCUGGAGUGCAGGCUGUGCUCUAGUGACCAACACCGGAUUGUCAUACAAGAACAGCGACUUAUCCCUGAUGCUAUCAAAUGCUCCCACCACUCAGAGGCCAGCCGUUUCGGUCCACUGAUUUUCUGGCCCCUGACCCUUGCCUCAAUGGUUCCUCCGUGUUUUUCAUUGGUGUCCCAGGAGUCUCCCACCCUGUUUGUGCACCUCUACAAGGCUCCCAGUGGGACUGAGCACUAGACACACCAUCCUCACCUCCCACACCCAGCCCUCAUUCCAGGACUGGGAGUCAGAUAUACUGUCCUCACCCGCCCUCAAAGAUCAGGCAUCAGCAGCACCAUCCUUUCCUUCUGGAGCCGGGUGUCGGACAUACCAUCCUCUCCCAGCCUGUGGGACCAAGUAUUCAACACACUGUUCUCCCACCACCUUCCAGGACUGGGUGUCAGACACACCGUCCAUUCCACACCAUCCCCGCUCCCCAACUUUGGCUACCGGUCAUUGGAAACCAUCCUCUCCUGCAGCCUUCUCUAAUCACAUUUCCCAACACUCACUAGGCUUGUCUGCUUCUGCAGUUCAAAUGCUUGAGUGUUGCCUCCACAGUGUCAGGAUGUAUGCUCCAAAUUCUAACCGUUCCUGGGGAGAAAACAAUCUGUCCUUCUAAACCUCUGCUCAGGGGACAGGUUUCCGGAUCUUUGCCCCCCAGCUCCAUUAGUUCCCCAUUCUUCAGGGAGAAUAAGACCGCCCCCCCCCCCCCCCCACAUACAUAGCACAGCACAGGCCCUUCAUAUGCUGACCUUUUAACCUGUCACACAAUUAAUCUAAUCGUUCCUCUGACACAGCCCUCCAUUUCAUUUAUUCAUGUGCCUAUCUCAGAAUCUCUUAAAUGUCCCUAAUGUAUCGUCCUCCACUACCACCUCUGUUUUGGCAGUGCAUUUUAUGCACCCUCCACUCUAAAAAUAAACCUCCUGACAUCCCCAUUUAUUUUCCUUCAAAACUACACCCUAUCCUAUUAGCCAUUUUCACCCUAUGCCUCUUAAUCAUCUUGUAUGCCUCGGGUGUUUCAGGCAGCAAUGAAGGCUCUCUGGCAGCAGUCACAGCUUCCUUCAUCAUGUCAGUAGCUUCCUCUCCGUUUUCAUGACUGUUAGUCAUGCAAGUCCUGGGUGGAGAUGCAGGAACAAGUUGUCAGCCCUGAGCUGAUACCCCUAAUCUGGAGGACUGGUGGACCACUCUUAGUCUGGCCUCUGCCCUUUGACAUGCUUGGCAUGGAAUAAUCCUACCAAGAGCCAAAACAUAAAGCCCCGACUCCAGACCACAUCGCUCUCUGGGUCAUUGAGGCACACGAGCCUCUAAACCAUGACAAGGUUGUGGUCCUCUUGGAUGUGCACCCUCUCUAAAACUUCCUCUAAUGAGACGACCAGAACUGAACACAAUACUCCUGGCCAGCAGCAACAUUACAUUGUAACCCAGACAUUCCAUCCACAGGGAGAUCUAGUCCUGCUCCAGCUCCUGUCGUCUAAAAUGAAUGUAUCAUGGGAGAGUUGUGUGAGACAGUCCUUGACGACUAAUGUUCUGCAGGGAUCUGCUCUCAAGCCUCUGCUUUUAGGGAUAGAAAAGACAAGUGAAAAUGUAGAUGUAUGGCCUAGUAAGUUUGCAGCUGACACAAGGAUUGGUGGUGUGGGCAAUGCAGAAAGUUCUCAGAAGAUACAGUGGGAUACAGAUCCAUUUGCAGAUAUGGACAGAGAAGCACAGCUGGAGUUUAAUUCAGGCAAAGUACAAGAAACGUGUCACAGGUAGACAGAGAAGGUAUUUGGUAUACUGCUCAUCUUCAGCCAGGUGGUAUGUUACCUUGUAGUUGUACAAGACCGCACUUAAAGUACCGUGUACAGGUGAGGCCGCACUUAAAAUACCGUGUACAAUUUUGGUCCCCCAGUAUAGGGAAGAUGCCACCUAGCUUGAUUUGCAAGGAUGAUGCUUGGACUCGAGGGACUGAGUUCUUGAGAGGAGGUUAGGGUUGUUGAGACUGAGAGGUGACCUUACAGAGGUGUUUAUAACCAUGAAGGCUGCAAAUGGGUAAAUGCACACUUUUUUCCCCAGUGUUGGGAAAAUCAAAAAUCAGACGGCACAGGUUUAAUGCAAGAGGACAAAAAGAUUUAAUACGGACCUGCGGGGCAACUUGUUUCACCAGAAGGUUGCCCAGAUGGGGAAUGAACUGUCAGAAGAGCUUGAGGCAGGUGCGUUUUAACAACAUUCAAAAUAGACAAUAGGUGCAGGAGUAGGCCAUUUGGCCCUUCUAGCCAGCACCACCAUUCACUGUGAUCAUGGCUGAUCAUACACAAUCAGUUCCCCGUUCCUGCCCUCUCCCCAUAUCCCUUGACCCUGCUAUCUAUAAGGGCUCUAUCUAACUCUCUUGAAUGCAUCCAGAGACUUGGCCUCCACUGCCUUCUGGAGCAGGUCAUUCCACGUGGUCAGGUAUGUGAUGGGAAAGGAAUGGGUGGAGAUGCGCCAAAUGGGAUUGGCUUAGAUAGGCAUCUAGGCUAGCAUUACCCAGUUGGACCAGCGGAUCUGUUUCUGUGCUGUAGAGUGCGAGGAACAUCAUGGGGAAUCUCCUCCCUAUCAUGACCAGACCUACUGCACAUCGUACUGCAGCUGUGGUCAGUGCCGUUUUCUGCAAAGUUCGACUGUAACCUCCCCUGGUGGUGUGUUCUACACCUCCCACAUACAGCAAAUGAAGGCAGGCAUUCUUCACCAGAUCAUCAGGCAAGAUGUAAAAAUUAUUGAAGUAAAUAGUGUGAAAGAGAAAUAGCGAGUUUGGGUUCAUGACAGUUAAAAAUCCUCUACUAUAACUAUUAUUUUUGGGAUUCUGCACUGUCAGAUUUUUAGUCAAUGGGAAGGUAGGAACAAAUAGGCUAAUGGUGCAAAGAUGUAAAAUUAAAAAAAAAUUAGUCAUAGAGCCCAGUAAUGGGCCCUUCAACCCAUUUAGAUUAUGCCAACCUAUUCUGCCUAGACCCAUCAACCUGCAUUGGAACAUCCCCCUCCCAUCCAUGUACUUAUGAACCAGCAUUCACCACUUCUGCUAGCAGCUCAUUCUACACUUUUGCCAUGAAAUUCCUCCUCCAUGUUCCCCGUAAAACAUUUCAUCUACCUGUAUCAAAUCUGUCCUCAUUCUCCUGAACUCUAGGAAAUAAAGUCCUAAACUAUUCUACCUGAUAGCUCAGUUCAAGUCCUGGCAACAACCUUGUAAAUUUUCAAUGCACUCUUUCAAUCUUACAUCUUUCCUGUAGAUAGAUUGCAAGAAGGGUGCCUUACCAGCAUCUUAUCCAACUUAAACAUAACAUCCCAACUCCUGUACUCAGUACUUAGAUUUGUGAAGGCCAAUGUGCCAAAAGUUCUCUUUACAACCCUAUCUAGAUGUGAUGCCACUUUCAGUAAAUGAUGGAUCCGCAUUCCCAGAUCCCCUUGUUCUACCACACUCAGUGCCCUACUAUUCCCUAUGCAAAUUGUACACUGGCUUAUCCUCCCAAACUGCAACACCUCAAGCUUGUCUGCGUAUUAUUGUGUCUGCCAUUUUUCAGUGCAAGGAAGAGAAGUAACAAGGUGUAGUGUUCAUGGACCAUUGAAUCUGGUGGCAGAGGGCAAGAAGCUGUUCCUAAAUAUGCAUGGGUCUUCAGACUCCUGUACCACCACCUUCAUGGUAGAAAUGAAAAGAGGGCAUGUCCCAAAUCCUGAGGAUCCUUAAUAGUGGAUCCCUCCUCUUGAAGAUGGCCUCGAUGGUAAGGAGGUUUAUGCCCAUGAUCAUGUACAUUAGACCCUCCAUGUAAGACAGUGAGGCAACCAGUCAAUGCUCCCCGCUGAACCUCAGUAGAAAUUUGCUAAAAUCUUCGGUGACAAACCAAAACUCCUCAGACUCCCACUGAAGUAGAGCUGCUGGCGCACCUUUGUGAUUGCGUCAGUGCAUUGGAAUGAUUCUCUCCGUGAUCACCUUUAAACCACUUCAUCCUCACCUUGAACCUCUGGUUGGAGUCACCCCCAAUGAAUUGAAUAGGGGAGGGAAGGCUUAGGUACAAAAUGAAAGCUUGGUUGGGCAGCCACUGUUGAAUCCAUAGAAGAAGCUCUCAAGUCUGGACCAGUUGGAAAAAUGGGAUUAAAAUGGUAGAUUUAGAUUUAAAGUGCAGGCAAGUGUGAGGUGUUGCACUUAAGUAGGACUUGUGCAGAGAAUGGUAGGGCACGGGAUUGUAAUAGAAGAGAGGGAUCUGGGAAUUGAGAUCCACAAUUCCUUGAAAGUGGCAUCACAGGAUCAUAAAGAAAGCUUUUGGCACAUUGACCCUUCAUAAAUUACAGAGAACAGGGAUCUUACGUUGAAAUUGUAUAAGAAGUUGGAGAGGCCUAAUAUUGUGGGCAGUACUAUAGUCACUUACCUGCAGGAAAGAUGUCACUCAAAUUCAAAAAAGAAAUUUUAUAGUGUUGUUGCCGGGACUCAAGGACAUGAGUUAUAGGGAAAGGUUGAAUAGGUUAUGAUUUUAUUGCAUUGAGUGUUGAGAAAGAAGGGUGAUUUCAUAGAGGAGUACAAAAUUAGGAGGGGCAUAGAUACGAUAAAUGCAACAGGCUUUUUCUCUAGUGAGGUCGGAGAGAGUAGAAUUACAGGUCACAGGUUGAGGGUGAAAGGUGAAAACUUAAGGGGAAUCUGAGGAGGAACAACUUCAUUCAGAGGGUGGUGUGAGUGUGGAAUGAAUUACCAGCAGAAGUGAUGUUUAUGGGUUCAAUCUCAACCUUUAAGAGAAAUUUGGAUAAGUACUGUACAUGGAUGGGAGGUGGAUGGAAGACUAGGAUCUAGGUUCAGAUAGAUUGGAUUAGACAAACUAACAGUACCGCAUGGAGAAGAUGGACUGAAUGGCCUGUUUCUGUGCUGUGACUCAGAGUAUUUUACGGAGGGAGGGGUAGGGGUGAGGGCACAAUGCAAGGAACGAGAUUCCUCCCAGUGCAUGUGGUGGGGAGAGACUGGAAACACAGCCAUCAGCCUCGGACAUUCCAGUGUUGCCAGUAUUAUUCAUUGCAAUUAUUACUUGUUUUCUUUGGUACUUGCACAGGACUGGUAAGGAAGGGGGUGGGUACAAGCUCGCAAGUGAGCCCGGAUGAAGAGGUAGGUUGUUGACUGUGAGAGGAGAGGGGUAGUGUAAUACGAACUGGGUGGCGAUUGGUCAGAAAGGUAAAUGACUGAGGAAGAAGCAAUCUCCGAAUCUCCUUGACAUUGACAUUUCAGCUUUUUUGAACUGUACUUUUAAACGAUGGAAUUCAAUACUUUAAACUAUAAGGGAUUCAGACUCCUUAAACAACAGUUCAAAACCUAUUUAUUUAACCUUCCAGAAAGGAGUUGAGUUUCUGUGUGUGGCCAGCAAUGAGGCACCAUGUGAGGCUUGCUGUUGGAGAAGCUGUGUACUGACGGACAGACUCACGCAGUUGGCUCUCCUUUUGGCAAGACUGCUCGCCAGCUGAAAGUGAGAGCGACAAGCACUACCCACUACACACCAAACUAGACACAUCACAAUAACCAUUUUGACACCAAGAUAAAAAAUACAAUAGUUCAUAAAAAUGAUAAAUAUAAAUACGUAAUUCGUUUGUUAUGUGCUGUGUCCGUGCCUGUGAUUGUUCUUGGCAAACUUUUCUACAGAAGUGGUUUGCCUUUACCUUAUUCUGGGCAGUGUCUUUACAAGACGGGUGACCUCAGCUAUUAUCGAUACUCUUCAGAGAUUGUCUGCCUGGUAUCAGUGGCCACAUAAACAGGACUUGUGCACCAUCUGCUCCCAUGGUUUCACGUGACCCUGAUCAGGGAGUGGGGGGGGGGGGGGUGCUACACCUUGCCCGAGGGAGACCUGCAGGAUAGUGGAGGGAAGGAGCACCUUACACCUCUUCUGGUAGAAACGUAUCUCUACUCCGCCACCCAAAUAAAUGGCUGAUAUGGACAGAUAGAUUGUAUGUCCAUAAGUGUCACUUGACUCCGGAGUGUCUGUACGUAGGGGUGACUGAGAGGAAAUGAUAAAUUAGUGCUGGUGAGGGUGUGGAGGGAUGGGUUAGAGCUGGAGGUGUUGGGAAAAGUAACUUGUUGGUGUGGGUGCUAUGUAGCCUCUUUCCUGAUGGGAUAGGGACAAACAGUCCACGUGCAGAGUGUGCGAGAUCCUUUAUGAUGUUACUGGCCCUUUUCCAGCAUCUCUCUGUUUAAUAGCUACUGGCUGGUGCCAGUGAUGUGUCACCAUAACAAAAUUACAAUAAGUUACAACAACAAAAAUCAAAACAUGUAGAGUGCAACAAUCAAAUAUUGAGAGUGUUCAAAACCCAUUCAGCCUCCAUAGCAGACGAUGAUGCAACCAGUCACAAUAAUCUUCAUUACAAGUAAGAACUCCGAUGCCUACAACGCAAGAGAUUCUGCAGACACUACAAUUCCAGAGUGACACAAAAAAUGCUGGGGGAUCUCAGCAGGUCAGGCAGCAUCUACAAAAGUGAAUGAAGAAUCAUCCUUUAAGUUGGAGAGCCUUCAACAGGACUGGAAAGGAAGGGGACAGAAGGUGGUGGGAUGGCAAGGAAUAUUAGCUGGCAGAUGAUAGGUGAGUUCAGGUAGGGGAAGGUGGGAGGGGAGGAUGAAGUGAUAGGUGGAAGUGCUAAAGGGCUUAAGAAGAAGGAAUCUGAUAGGAGAGGACAGUGGACCAUGGGAGAUAAAGGAGGAAGAGGGGCACCAGAGGGAGGUGAGGAGAGAGGAAUCAAAAUGAGAAAUGGAAGGAGAGAGAAAGGGGAAGGAGGAUAAAUUCCAGGAAAUUAGAGAGAUUGAUGUCUGUACUAUCAGGUUGGAGGCUAUGCAGACGGAAUAUGAGGUGUUGCUCUUCCAACCUGCGUGUGGCAUCAUCAUGGCAGUAGAGAAGGCCAGUGUGGGAAUGGGCAGUGGACUUGAAGUGAGUAGUGACCAGGAGAUUCUUGCUGAUUUAGUGGACAGAAUGAAGUUGCUAGACGAAGGUCUCAAGUCCACCUUUCUUCAUCCCUCCCCUGACCACCACCAUAACUGUUAAUUCUCCUACUACGCAUAAUGGACGGUUUAACCCAGUGCGUAAGGGUCUAACAGGCUGAGAGACUGAGAACAUUGCCGGGAUAUUCACACUGAAAGAAAAUAAAAGUUAAGGUUAUUAUUGAAAUGGUGAAAGAUCGCAGUGCGCAGUUGUGCAGAAGGAGAAGGCUUGGGAGUAUUGGUUAUGCUGCAUCUUUACAGGGUACUGGAGAUGCCGCACCCAAGCUACUGCAUACAGUUCUGGUCUCAAGGAAAAUGUACCGGCUUUGGAGACUCGUCAGAUUGAUUCGGGAGUUGAGGGGUAAGCCAAUAUGGAGAGAUUGAGUUGUCUGGGACUAUACUUUGGAAUUUAGAACAAUGUGCGAUGGGAUAGUGAGAGGUCACUCUGUGUCUGACCCCGGGAGUGUGUGAUGGGACGGUGUGGAGGGAGAUUCACUCUGAGUAUGACCCCGGGAAUGUGUGAUGGGACGGUGUGGAGGGAGUUUCACUCUGUGUCUGACCCCGUGAGUGUGUGAUGGGAUGGUGUGGAGGGAGCUUCACUCUGUGUCUAACCCUGGGAGUGUGUGAUGGGACGGUGCAGAAGGAGCUUCACUCUGUGUCUGACCCCGGGAGUGUGUGAUGGGAUGGUGCAGAAGGAGCUUCACUCUGUGUCUGACCCCAGGAGUGUGUGAUGGGAUGGUGUGGAGGGAGCUUCACUCUGUGUCUGACCCUGGGAGUGUGUGAUGGGAUGGUGUGGAGGGUGCUUCACUCUGUGUCUGACCCCAGGAGUGUGUGAUGGGACGGUGCAGAAGGAGCUUCACCCUGUGUCUGACCCCGGGAGUGUGUGAUGGGACGGUGUGGAGGGAGUUUCACUCUGUGUCUGACCCCGUGAGUGUGUGAUGGGAAGGCGUGGAUGGAGCUUCACUCUGUGUCUGACCCCGGGAGUGUGUGAUGGAAUGGUGCAGAAGGAGCUUCACUCUGUGUCUGACCCUGGGAGUGUGUGAUGGGACGGUGCAGAAGGAGCUUCACUCUGUGUCUGACCCAGUCAAGGCAACAAUCUCUCCCUCACUGUCAGGAAAAAAAAGAGGAAGGGGGCCAUGCACAUACUCCUGUCUAUGGCACAUCAAUGGUGCUGAGGUUAAGAGCUUCAAGUUAAUAGGAGUGAACGUCAUCCAACCACAUAAGCUCCACAGCCAAGAAAAUUCACCAGCGCCUCUACUUCCUCACAAGGAAAUUCGACAUGUCCCCCUGCUCACCCUCACCAAUGUAUUAUCGAUGCACCACAGAAAGCAUCCUACCCGUCUGCAUAGCCUCCAACCUGAUGGCAUCACGGCGUUGUUCAUCAACUCCUCUACCUACGAUGGUAUCAAGACCACAGAGUCUUGGAGACAUUGCAGCACAUCACAGAAACCAGCCUCCCCUCCAUGGACUCUUGUCUACAUUUCCCAUUGCGUCAGUAAAGCAGCCAGAUCUCACCCAGCCCGCACAUUCUCACUUCUCUCUCUUCCAUUGGGGAGAGGCUACAACCACUCGAAAGCGCCCACCAUCAGGCCCAUGUAACAGUUCUACCCCACUGUUACAUGAAUAGCUAUUGAAAGAAUCUCUCAAACAUUAAAAGCUCAACUCUUGAUCUCCUUGUCUCAUCCUGGCCCUUACACUUUCACUGUAACUGCAACACACACACAACACUGGAGGAACUCAGCAGGCCAGGCAGCCUUGGCCCGAAACGUCAACUGUUUACUCGCUUCCAUAGACACAGCCUGGCCUGCUGAGUUCCUCCAGCGUUUAGUGUGCUUUGCUUGGAUUUCCAGAAUCCGCAUAAUUUCUCCUGUUUGUGACUGCACUUUGUUCUGCAUUCAGUUUUGCUUUGUACAACCUUGAUGUGCCCAUGUAUAAAAUGAUCUGCCUGCAGGUACACAAAAUCUGUUUACUCUGUCUCUGUACAUCUGACCCUAAUGCAACAAUCUGUCCCACACCAACUCCUCCCCCUCCCCUUCUCACUGCCUCCCACCCACUCUCUCUCCCUUCACACCUACUCUCUCCCCACCCCCACCACCUGUCUCACUCCUCCUCUUCCCGUAGCAAGGAGAGGAAGCCCUCGCUCUCUGGGAACUCACACCAAGCGACGGGAGGCAGCUGCAAGAUGUUCCCUGCACCCGCACUGAUCCUGUUCUGUGUCUCCGUAGCGUUCUCAGCCAGUGGCUGGGCCACCGCCAUUGCUCCUCCCGAAACAUCCCAGCUCCCAUCUGGGGAUACCUUUGGAUUGGGGCUGUCACAGGAGCAGAGGGACAGAUUUCCCCGGACGAUUGUGAAUGGAAACCAGGACGCUGGGAGUGCAGAGAUGGAUCAGUGUGGAGUGAAUGGCACUACUUGUCAACAAGACAACACGACAGAGUGUACCCCUGAGAUGCUAGAUGUGGUCUUUCUCUUCGAUGGGUCGAACAGUCUCAGCAAAAAAGACCUGGAAGCAAUCUAAAUGUUCAUGUUGAAUAUGAUACAGGCAUCAGAUGCCAACACACAGUUUGCCAUUGUUCAAUACUCCGCCAUAGUCAGAAUGGAACUGAGCUUUACAACGUUCCAGGCCCAAUGAGAGAAUCUGCGUGAGAUCAUGAGUCGCAUCCAACUGAUGGAGAGUUCGACGUUUACCUCAACUGGGAUCAAUUUUACCAUAAGUAGUGUGUACACCGAGGAGGCGGGGGCGAGAGAAGGUGCGAAGAAGUUACUCAUCGUGAUCACGGAUGGAGAGACCACACCAGGGGAUAUUAGUCUGACGCAGGUCAUCAAGAGUGCUCAGGAUAAAGGGAUCAUUCGCUUUGCAGUUGGGGUUGGACAAUCUUUCCGGGAGGGCAGCAGGGGUCUGCGUGAGCUGGACACCAUCGCCUCAUGUCCCAGGUGCCUGGUCAAGAUCAAGGAGUAUAUUGAUCUACACUCUCUCCUCAAGGAUGUCAAGUCCAAUUUCUACACAAUUGAUGUUUGCUGUGGUACAUUACACCCUGUAUUCCAGAACGGAGAUGAACUUUACAACGUUCCAGACCCAAAGAGGGAAUCUGUGUGAGAUCGUGAAUAACAUCCAACUGAUGGAGAAUUUGACAUUUACCGCAACUGGGAUCAAAUUUACCAUGUAAUUAUUUGGGUGGAGGAGUGGCCUCCGACCUGAUGGCAUAAACAUCGAUAUCUCGAACUCCCUUUCCCUUUUCCCUCUCGCACCUUAUCUGCUUACCUGCUCAUCACCUCCCUUCCCCUUCUCCAUGGCAUUCUCUCCUCUCCAACAGAUUCCCCUUUCUCUCUCACCAAUUGCCUCAGCUCUUUUCUGUUUCCCCCUCCCAGUUUCACCUACCACCUUGUGCUUCCUCUCCCCCUCCACCCGCUUUCUUACUCUGACUUCUAAUCUCUUCUCCAGUCCUGAUGGAGGGUCUCAGCCUGAAACGUCGAUGGUACUCUUUUCUAUUGAUGCUGCCGGGCCUGCUGAGUUCCUCCAGCGUUUUGUGUGUGUUGCUCGGAUUCCAGCAUAUGCAGAUUUUCUCUUCA